AUGAAGUAUCCUAGUCUUAUCUCCUUCAUCCUCGCCAUUGCGGCAUCAGCAUUGGCUGCUUGCCAGGCAACUUCAACAGGAUUUAUCCGUGUCACAAAGGUUACCCCCUCAUAUUGGAGAGCAACUCUUUCAAGCCCUCCAUUCAAUCUACUCAACUCCAACUUUUACCUCGACUUCUAUGCGCUCGUGGAUCAGCUUGAAAACGACCAAGAGGUCAAGGUUGUAGUCUUCGACUCUGACGUUCCAGACUUUUGGAUCUCGCGCAUCGACAUAGCCAACCCUGCCCCGGCAGAAUUGUCCUCUGAAGUCUGGUGGGGUAAUGUGACUCGUCUUAGCAACCUGCCAUUGAUCACAGUGGCUUCCAUUCGUGGGAUUACUCGGGGAGCUGGCGUGGAGCUUGCCUCUGCCUUGGACGUCAGAUUCGGAAGCAGAGAAAAGGCUGUCUUUAAUCAAAUCGAGGUUGGCUUUGGGCUAACGCCAAGCUCGGGGAUGGCACUACUGCCCAUGUUGCUGGGUCGGUCAAGAGCAUUGGAGGUUGCCAUUGGGGCCGAUGAUGUUGACGCUGAUACGGCCGCAGUGUAUGGGUGGAUCAAUCGAGCAAUCCCGGAUGACUCAUUUGAAAGCUUCGUUGAUACUUUUGCUCGCCGCGUGGCCGGCUGGGACCACGAUGUUAUAGCCGUAACGAAGAAAUUGAUCAACAAGAACGCGGGAUUUCCUACGAUGGAGCAGUGGCGCGAAGGCUAUGAGGCGGGCCAAGUUUCUCUUACCAAGCCAGUGCUUCAGAGUCGGCUGCCUGCGGUUAUCAAGGCUGGACUAGGAUCAAAUAUCACGUUUGAGAAGAAUCUGUCGCAGGAGACAUUGAAGUUUACAGGGGACGGGCCAUUCCAGGCAUAG